AGUUACAUAAUUAUUUUAUGUUCUUGACAUUGCGUCUUGCGUUUUACUAAAAUUCUCGAAAUGUAAAUUUGGAAAGACGUUUUGAAAAAUAUUCGUUACAAUUACUUUAGUCAACAUGGGGAAGCAGUUUGGAAGUCUUUACAAAAUUAAUGGCAUCGUCUUCUUUCGUCUAAGUCCACACGAGCAAAAAGUCUUCAAAGGAUUCGUAUCCGAAGGUGUACCAAAUCUAAUUCGUCGCUUCCAAGGCAGUGUACUUAAGGUUGCACCUUUUUUCAUGUUUUCCUAUUUGCUCGUGAAUUGGGCGAAUGAGAAGAAUCUUGCUCUUUCUCGCAAAAAUCCUAAGGACUAUGAAAACGAUACGUAAAUAUAUGAUAUAGUUGAAUUUCCAGUUGACACUUAGUUUUUAAUG